AUGGAAUCUUAUGAUGCGACAAGACUACACCAAUGUCUAACUUCAAUCAACCAGAAAAUCGAUGAGGUUUUGGAAGAAUUGCGACAAAAACGUGACCUGGCAGCACCAGCCGACACGGUUGUUCAAGACCCAUUGCUCGACAAUUCAAUCCAGAACAACAAUGUCAAUACAUUUUCAAUCGAUAAUGAUGAAAUCGAAUUAUUGAACACAUUGACUAACAAGAUUCAAAAUAUUUUAAGAGAUUCCUUAUCACAAUUAUCGGAAUUAUGUUUACAUCAUAUACAAAAGCAUUUGCAUCAGUAUCACUUCGAUCCUGACAAACACGUUUUUACCGAAGGACUCUCCACUAAUAUUCUUUAUUCAUUUAAACAAGAUCUCAAUGGGCUAUUAUCAGCUGUAGAAGCCUAUCCAGCUGCAUUGAAAGGUGAUUCCAAGACAGUAGAAGUCUUUCUCAAGAAAUAUCCAUUUUAUAAGGAUAAACCUGGCUUCUGGGGCACAACUCUUUUGUAUUCCGCUGCCAAGAGCGAUACUAUUCGUUUAGUUGAAUACCUAAUUGAAACAUUCAAUUGCUCUGUCAAUGCUCCUAAUGAAACUGAAAUGGAUUUUACUUUAAUGAAUGAGGAAAACAGCCAGACCCAUCUUUCGUAUAAUCCCGAUCCAAAAUUUGGAUCCACAGCUCUACAUGCUGCUUGUUAUAACAGCAAUCUAGAUAUUGUGAAAUACUUAAUCAGUAAAGGAGCAAAUUAUUUCGCUCGAAAUCAAUUUGGCGAAACUCAUAUUCAAAGUGGUAG